UCGAGCGGGGACAGAAUGUGGCUCGAGACGAAGACGGUGAGGACUACGGCUCCCCUCCGAAACUUAUUGAAGUCUUUACAAACUGUGGGUUUCUUUUCCUUCUGUUUUUUUUUGUAAGAACGCGGAACUAACCCGUUCGGAUUAACACUUUAAAGGAAUAUCUUGUUUUCUCAUUAAAAAGUGGCCAACUGCAGCUCGGGUCCCCAUGUUCUGCCUUGUGAGUGCUGCUUGGCCUGCUGAGCCCAUAGGUGCUUGUGUGUCGGCACUGGGCUGCAGCUGAAGCGAGGAUACUGACUGGUGGUGGUGUGGGUGCCUGCGUUGGUGAAGGCGGGUCGUCCGAGGGCCCAGAGCCCCGGUAGCAGGCGGAGUGGCCUGUCCUAUCUGAGCCACACGAAGAUGAACAAACUGAACUUUCACAACAACAAAGCCAUGCAGGACCGCCGAUGUGUCUGUGUCUUUUUGCCAAAUGAUGACACGCUCAAUGUCAUAGUCAAUGUGAAGACCUUGUGCCAGGAACUGUUGAUCCAGGUGUGUGACCUCCUCAGGCUGAAGGACUGUCACCUGUUUGGACUCAGUGUUAUUCAGAAUAAUGAACACAUCUAUAUGGAGCUGGAUCAGAAGCUAUCCAAGUACUGCCCCAAAGAAUGGAAGAGAGAAGCCAGCAAGGGCAUUGACCAGUUUGGGCCUCCCAUGAUCAUUCACUUCAGAGCUCAGUAUUACGUUGAGAACGGGAGAUUGAUCAGUGACCGGGCAGCCCGGUACUACUACUAUUGGCACUUGAGGAAACAGGUGCUGCUCUCACAGUGUAUCCAAAGAGAGGAGGCCUACUUCCUCCUGGCAGCCUUCGCCCUGCAGGCUGACCUGGGCAACUUCAAACGUAACAAGCACUUCGGGAAGUACUUUGACCCUGAAGCAUACUUUCCCCCAUGGGUGAUAGCCAAGCGCGGCCGUGAGUACAUCCUGAGGCAUAUCCCCAACAUGCACAAAGACCAGUUUGCCCUCACGGCUUCAGAGGCACACCUCAAAUACAUUAAGGAGUGUGCCCAGCUUGAUGACGUCACUGUCCACUACUACAGACUCUACAAGGACAAGAAGGAAGUAGAGGCAUCACUUACACUGGGACUGACUUUACGUGGUAUCCAAAUAUUUCAGAAUGUCGGGUCUGUGAGGCAACUGUUGUACGACUUCCCCUGGACCAAUGUGGGAAAACUGGUAUUUGUGGGGAAGAAGUUUGAAAUCCUUCCUGACGGUCUGCCCUCGGCCCGUAAACUCAUGUACUACACGGGUUGUCCCUUGCGCUCUCGUCACCUCCUGCAGCUGCUUAGCAACAGCCAUCGGCUCUACAUGAACCUGCAGCCUGUUCUCAAACAAGUCCGCCGGUUGGAGGAAAACGAAGAGAAGAAGCAGUACAGGGAGUCAUACAUCAGCGAUGCUCUGGAACUGGACAUAGACCAUCUGGACAAACGUUCCCGGGCGAGCGGCAGCAGCGCAGGGAGCAUGUCUCAUCACAAACGCCUGUCCCGCCACUCCACGACCAGCCACGGCAGCUCACACACCUCGGGUAUCGAGACGGACAGCUUCAGGGCCCCGAGUCAGGCUCCGCACAGGCCCCUACGAACCUGUAGCUCGUCCACAACCAGCCACGGGAGCUCACACACCUCCGGCAUCGAGAGCAGCGGCAAGGAGCGCAUACUUGAUGAUGACGAGAUUGAGAUGCUUGUGGACGACCCCAAAGACUACGAGGAGCUUCAUGAGAUGGCCCUGGACCAGGAGCUGUGUAUCCACAUCACUGAGGACAUGUUGACCAUGUCGCCUGAUCAGACCAACGGAUACUCAGGAUUGAUAGUAAAGGACGUCAGCUCCUCCACCUCCAGCUCCUCUGAGACCGUCGUCAAGAUGAGAGGACAGAGCAUUGAGUCUCUGCCGCAGACAUCUGUGUGCAGGAAGCCUCAGUCUUCAACCGACCGACACAGCCAGUCUCUUGACGACGUGCGGCUCUACCAGAAGGACUGCCUGCAGUGGGCGGAGCUCUGCCAGGACACCGCCCACAGCUACACAUUCGGCUGCGCCCAGGAGCUGAGCGACGGCGGCGGCAGCGGCUAUCAGGGCCUCGCCGACCAGCGCGCCGGCAUGCUGGAGCAGCACCCGUUUCCCAUCAAGAGAACCAACAAGUACUUCUCCCUGGACCUGACCAGCGACGAGGUCCCCGAGUUCGUGGUGUGACGGAGGCGGAAACAAGGCAACCCCUUAGGGUGAGCUUUUUACUCCGAUGUGGAGAUGUUUCAGCCCUCAGGGAACGGGACCAGAGAGGAGUGUUGGCAGAGGUGGUUUCUAGGAUGAGUAAACUGGCAAGUUGGCUGUCCCUUCACUUACCACUUCAGAAGAACAACACAUAAUAAACGGACAAACAAGGAAGACUCUGAAAAAGGGAACUUAAAGAACGGACAUGUUGGUUCAAGAGAAACCUGCAUCUUUAAAACGUAACCUGAGCUGCUCCCCUGUGUGAAAGGAAACAAAAGGGAUCAUGUCAUCUUAAGAAAAAACUUUUUUUAUUCAAAUCUGUCUACUCCAAACUGGUUUUCAAGAACAACCCGUCGUGUUAGCCUGCUUUAUACUUAAACAGAGUGUAUGUGUGCAUGCACACAGGCUUACAGCAGACAGAGACUCACCGACAUGAAGAGCAUAUCAAAGACUUUCCCUGGAGGACACAAAGGACAAAAUCACUCCGAGCUACAAACCAAAGACAAUUCAAUUCAAUUCAAUUUUUCAAUUCAAUUUUAUUUAUAGUAUCAAUUCAUAACAAGAGUUAUCUCAAGACACUUUACAGAUAGACCACACUCCAGAAUUUACAAGGACCCAACAGUUCUAGUAGUUUCCUCCAGAGCAAGCGACAGUGGCGAGUGACAAGAAAUGGAACAAUGUGCAACUUUUUAUCAAUGUGCAACCAUGCUAAAACAUAAAAUAAAAAAAACAACAUUUCAAUGUCAUGUUGGGAGGGAAGAUGAACCCUUUGAGAGGAAAUAGGAUGGGUUUCUUCUUCUACGCCAAUUCAUUUGAUCUCAACAGAAGUGCAGUGUGCCAAUUCUGCCCCCCCUGUCGGACAAAUCUCUGAAUCAUGUGAACCAAACCCCCUCCCCCCCCAAUGUGCCUUCAUCACACUAUGCAGGUGUCAACCCAUGGCCUUGACAAUCACACACACUCACCUUAGUUAUUUUCAAAGAUCAGAGCCAUCAGAAUUCAACGACAUUGUUAUUUAAAUGUCAUACACACACACGCUUCAAGACAGUUUUUCUGCAUCUUAAACGUAAAAAAGACUUGAUUUCAAACUGUUUCAUGUCCUGUGAACUCUGACAGAGUUUCCCACGAGGAAUGAGGUUGAGUAAGUUCCUACAUGUCCUGACUUGUGUUGAAAAGCUUCCCUGUAAUAGACUCAAAAUGGAGUCUGGUUGGCUGUCGGCCAAAUUAAACCGUACAUUUUGAUGCAUACAUGUAGGUCUUCCUCUCUGCUCGGUUGUCUUUCACUCUUGUUAUCUUCUGUUUUGUUUCAUCCAUCAUUUAAACUGGAAUUUGUAACAUUUUAUUUUUAUUUUCCAUCCUGUUGUUUUACCUGAAAUCUCUUUACAUGUUGUAUUUUUGUAUGAACUGUCCAGUGUAUGUUGAACAGUUAUUCUGUGUGCGGUUGAUGUCAUUCAGUAUUACAGGCAAGUGUAAGUGACAGUAUUAAGGACGUGAUGUUUGUGGCUCUGAACAUUUUGAUGUCACAGUAAGAUUGAAGAAAACUGGAGCCUGUUGUUCAACUUGUGGGAAUUAAGGACAGGAAGUUGUUGCAGGUUAAAAAACAAGUGUUUUUUUACUCGUAAAUAAUGCAGCUCAGAUUCAAAGUGCCACAGUAACAGCUUUGUGUGAUUUAAAUCAAUAAUAUUGUUCUUUUUUAGAUAGAUACCAUCAUGUUUUUAGCUUCUUUGUGUUGAAAACACUACUCUUUUAUUGUUUGAUUUUGGAGGAAAAUACUGCUCCAUAACUUUUAUAAUGACCACAGAAUUACUUGAUACCACUCUCAUGUCAGUACAAUAAAUACAUGGCCACAGCCACGAAGCUAAAGCCAGAAGACGAUUAGCUUAGCAUAAAGACUGGAAACAGCUAGCCCAGCUUCAUCCGAUGGUAACAAAAUCUGAAUCUGAAACAAAAAAUGAAUAGCUAAGCCGAGCUCUACGUUGUGGAACUCGUACAAGAAUUUACAUUUUUGAUCAUCGUUGUUUUUUCUGAGUUGUCCCAGUUCCGCUUUAAGUCUAUUCAAACCCACAGUUUUCACAGACACAAUACAUCUGAACAAGAGUUUAAACCGUUACAUACAUUUAUCUAAUACUAACAAAGACAUGAAUUUGAUACUGCUAUGUAAUUAAAAACAACUUCUAUAUUUCUUACAGUUUUUUCCUUUUUUCACUAUUUAAACUUAUCAUUAUUUCUAUUAAUGGAAAAUGUCAAGUCACAUUUUGAUGAACAAUGAUGUUUCUUAUAUUAAAACAGUAUGUGUUAAGGAGCAUAGCCAUACAGUCAUAACCCAUGUCCUUAAAGUCUUCAUAAUUUGUUCUUAUGGUCAUACUUACACUAAGUAAGUAUGUCUGUGUUCAUAAUCCUUUCUGUGAAAGGAUCUCCCUUCAGGAAACAAUGAAAGUUUUUUUGUUUUUUUUGUCACCCUGUAGUUGAAGAAAUGAUUUGUUAUUAUGAAGUCUGGUCUGUGCCUUCUUGGUACUAAUGCCCUCAAUAUCCAAUAAAAAGGUACAUUUAUUUGCCAAA